AUGAUUUUCAAAUCCGGGGCCCCUAAAAGAAGUCGGACCGCUCCUGGAGAAUCUCCCGCUUGCUUCAUUCCAAAGCAUCGUCUCGUAUGCAUCGUCGCCGUUGUGGAAGGUGGACGCAUUCCAUUCAUGUUUCGGUUUUCGAUCAUAUUCAAAUUCAUUUGUCAUAGUUGUGUGUCCUACAAACGCGACUUCGUAAAUGUUGUAGGAUUUACCCACAAUCUAAAUAAUGAUAAAAAGCUGAGAGAUGUUGUGAUGGCGGAAAGACGGCGGCUUCCGAGCUCGGAGCCAUCAAAAAAUUCACCACUUCCUUCUUCACCACCAUCAAAAAAAUCUAAACUAUCGGAAACUGAUGAAGAUAUCGGAUUAGAGGCAGAAGAAGAGGCUGACAUAAGUCUUGAAACGAGCGAAAUAUUAUCAAGAAGUAGUUCUUCAGAAAAAGAUAACAGCAAAGAAAAUCUGGAGGUCGAUGAUCCAACUCCUGGUCCUUCAAAGGACAAGGAAGACUCACAAGACGUUGUAACACUCUGGUAUCGUGCACCUGAAGUACUCUUAGGGUGUCCUUAUGCAACCCCUGUUGAUAUUUGGUCCAUCGGUUGUAUUCUUGCUGAAUUAAACAGGCUUGCUCCUUUAUUUCCUGGAAGCAGUGAAGGCGAUGAAUUAGAUAGAAUUUUUCAAGUAAUUGGUACUCCUAGCCAAGAAGAAUGGCCGAAAAACGUCUCUCUUAGUUGGACUGCAUUUCCACAACGACGUCCGAUGCCGUUAAAAAAUAUAAUACCUCAAAUAGACAGUGAUGGCUUAGAUUUAAUUACCAAUUUAUUAACAUUUAAUCCUCACGUACGUUUAACGGCAGCCCAAGCUCUUCAACACAGUUCAAUCGUUAAAUAA